AUGGUCGAGGCGGGCACCAACUUGGGCAUCGGCAGUUUGUACGUGAAACCGGGCGUCGAGCCGACCCAACUACCCUCUCCGCCCGCUCCCAAACUGCUCGGACCGUUCGACCCUCUAAUUAAGUACGCGCUUUUCAUUCAUUUUUCGCUAAAAUGUCAAAUUCUCGCAGAUUCUCUGGCCUCGACUGUCACAAACUGCGAAAGGAGAGUUUCCGAUCGGUGCGGGGCCUGGUGACGGCUGUGAUUGCAGUCUUCAUCUUUGUGAUUAUAAUGAUCGAGGUGUUCACUUUUAUGCGAAUCAAGGCGAACGUCUUUUCGGUGGGAUGGGCAGAGUCGACCGCCUACGCGUUCAUGGCGAUGCAGGCGGCGAUCAGUGCGAUCUCGGUCAUGUGCUGGACCCGCGAAAACUUUGUCUCUCAGUUUGAAGACACACUGGCAAGACUGCGAACGAUGAGGUUAUCCACGAGUCAGAGCCUCGACGACUACACAAAGUUCCAUCGGAAGGCGGCAAUGAUGAUCGUUCCGAUCUUUGUGAUCGUUCUCUCCACCUCCUUCUACUCGUCGGUCACAAAUCGGUAUCAGUUGAAUGAUAACAGGUGUGAUGCUGCUACACUAGUCUGUAACUCGAUUUCCAAUUCCAGCACGUUCUACUCGAACUCGGUCGUCCAUCAGUUCGCUCCGUUCAUCGACUUCAUCGGAUGCAUCGCCUCCUCGUUGGCCAUCAUCAUCUACGUCACCGUCAACACCGCCUUGAAUCGAGAAAUCAAACAUUUCAAUAAGGAGUUGACAAACUCUGCGAGGUUCCAACAACUUACUGUAGGGUUUUGUUUUUUGGUUGAAAUCUUCUCAUAUUCAGAGAUACAAUGUUUCAGCUGCCGCAAGUAUUGAACAACUACAGUAAACGUCACUCGGAUCUCAUCCAACUGACGAGAUUCGUGAACAAACAUCUGUCCAAGUACGGAGCCAUCGUCCCAUUCUUCACGCUCACCGCAUUUGUGAACGUUGCCUACAUUGUCGGAAGCUUCAAAGACUCCCUGGACCCGGUGGUUUACGUGCUGCUCAACGCGUGGACGUUUCUUUGCAUUGGCAUCACGAUUGCCGGUUUGCAACCGCUUGUCAAGGUGCAAGACAACGUUAGUUAGCCUGUAAACAUUAAAAACUGUUCGUUUUGCACAGAUCCAAGAGACCGCGGAGAUUCUGAUGCACGACGACGUUCUGCAGACAUGCGGUGACGACCAGGUACUGCCCGUCUCUCGAUCCUUCUCUGAUCCGAUCCGAUCUUUCCGUUCAGAUGCAUCACACGUACCGCGUGACACUCGACCGCUGCCUGCACAGCAACUCGAAACUCGCCUUCCUCAACGCGUUCCCCGUCGACUCGAACUGCUUCAACCGAAUCAUGUUCUUCGUUCCCAACAUUUCGGCCGCCAUGAUCCUCUACCGACUAUCUCAUCCUCUCCUGUGA